AUGUCGAACAACAGAACCCCAAACGAACAAACCCCCCUCAUCACCACCUUAGUCGUCGCCCCAUCCCGUCCCCGCUAUUCCCACAGCGCAAUCCGCCGCUUUUGCACCAUCGCCCUCGGUACUACCCUCAUAGUCGUCAUUAUCCUUUUCUUGGUACCCGCGAGAUAUCUGCCGGGUAAUAAUACUGAGAGUGAAUGGUCGCCAAGGCAUCAUAGCCCAUACUUGCCGUGGUACUCACCAUACGACAACCAGGGAUUCUCGUACAAGGAAUUGACGGAAGUGCUGCUGAAGACGCCGAAGCCGGAGAAGGCAAGGGAGUGGCAGCAGUAUUAUACGGCGGGUCCGCAUUUGGCGGGGAAGAACUUGAGUCAGGCGGAGUGGACAAGGGACAGGUGGGUGGAGUUUGGGGUGGAGAGUGGCGUUGUGGACUAUGAUGUUUAUAUAAAUUAUCCGCUGGGACAUCGGUUGGCCUUGCUCGAGAAGGCUGGGGCUGGUGAGAGAAAUGUUGCGGUUGCUGAGAAAGAUGAAGGAGGAUCAGUGGGGAAGAGGAAAGACAGAGAACAAAAAAGGGGGUACAAGAUCAAAUUUGAGUGCAGCAUGGAAGAAGACGUCCUGCCGGAAGACCCAACCAGUGGACUUGACAACCGUGUGCCUACAUUCCAUGGGUACUCUGCUAGUGGCAACGUCACUGCACCGUACGUUUAUGUGAACUUUGGGACAUAUAAGGAUUUCGAAGAGCUGCAACAAGCAAACGUCACUCUGGAGGGCAAUAUCGCAGUGGCCAAAUACGGUGGGAUCUUUCGAGGUCUUAAAGUAAAGAGGGCGCAGGAACUGGGAAUGGUGGGUGUUGUUCUUUACACGGAUCCGCAAGAAGACGGAGAGAUUACCGAGGAGAAUGGGUAUAAGACGUAUCCGAACGGGCCGGCAAGAAAUCCGAGUAGUGUGCAAAGGGGGAGCUCGCAGUUCUUGAGUAUAGCACCUGGGGAUCCUACUACGCCAGGGUAUCCUUCCAAACCGGGUGUCCCGAGACAGGAUCCUCAUCACGCUAUUCCGGCUAUUCCAUCCGUGCCAAUCUCUUACAAGGACGCUUUGCCGAUACUCAGAGCGUUGAAUGGCCACGGGCCAAGAGCGGAGGACUUCAAUAAAUUCUGGCAAGGAGGUGGCCUGGGUUACAAGGGUGUUGAGUAUAAUAUUGGCCCAUCACCAUCUAAUUUAGUCUUGAAUUUGGUCAAUGAACAGGAGUAUGUUACUACUCCACUUUGGAAUGUGAUAGGCAUCAUCAACGGCACGCUUCAAGACGAGGUGAUUGUCCUAGGUAAUCACCGCGAUGCCUGGAUUGCAGGCGGUGCAGGCGACCCGAACAGUGGUUCUGCAGCCAUGAACGAGGUAGUACGCAGCUUUGGUGUGGCUCUGAGCAAAGGAUGGAAGCCGCUUCGAACCAUCGUUUUCGCAAGUUGGGACGGCGAAGAAUACGGUCUCAUCGGCUCCACGGAGUGGGUCGAGGAGUACAUACCUUGGCUCUCCAAAGCAGCCAUUGCUUACCUUAACGUCGACGUCGCUGUCAGAGGAUCUAGGUUUUCUGCGGCCGCUGCGCCACUUCUAAACAAAGCGCUCUACGAAGCUACAUCACUGGUUCAAUCCCCCAACCAAACUAUCCCAGGCCAAACGGUUCGCGACCUGUGGGAUGGACAUAUCCGCACCAUGGGCUCUGGGAGCGAUUUCACAGCCUUUCAAGACUUCGCCGGUAUCCCCUCUGUGGAUAUAGGUUUCGGUGCCGGGCCUGGGGAUGCCGUCUAUCACUACCACAGCAAUUAUGACAGUUUUGCUUGGAUGGACAAGUUUACCGACCCCGAUUGGACAUAUCACGUCGCUAUGACCAAGGUGUGGGCGCUUUAUGCGGCGGCGUUGGUGGAGACGCCGGUUAUUGCUUUUAAUGCUACUGACUAUGCCGUUGGGUUGGAUACCUACCUCCAUUCUGUCAAGAACCUCACUACUUCCUCCUCACACGGGUCGGUCCGCUCCCUGCCCUCCUUCACCCUCCUCGAGAAUGCCAUCUCCCGCCUACACAACGCAGCCACCACCUUCGACGCCCGCGCUGCUGCUCUCACGUCCAAAAUCAGCGAAGGUGUGCCAUGGUGGAGAUGGUGGCUCAAGGCACAGCUUUAUGCCGAGGUAAAGAGGGUUAAUGAAGGGUAUAAAUAUUUAGAAAGGAACUUCUUGUAUGAAAAGGGGUUGGAUGGCAGAAGCUGGUUUAAACAUGUUGUUUUUGCGCCGGGCGUAUGGACUGGAUAUGCUGGGGCGACAUUUCCUGGGUUGGUGGAGUGUGUGGAUAAUGGGGAUAGGGACGGCGUUGAGCGCUGGAGUCGGAUUAUCGAAGGGAACAUUAACGCUGCUACGAAAUCACUCAAAUGA